CGGAAUGAAUAGGAUAAGCGUUUUAUGGAAGUGAAAAAUAUUUUCUCUUCGUGUACAAAAGAAAAUAAACAAAAAGAUUAACGAGCCCUUUUCAUUAAUCGCAGUCGUCUUUCAAAAAUUAAACCUGCAGUGCAAUGACUUCUAAAAAGAUUGACCAGAAAGAAUACUUGAAGCGUUACUUAUCAAAUGAAAAGGACAAAACCAAGAAAAAGAAGAAGAAAAAGGAUAAGCAUGGCACCGGCAAAAGCAAUGUCAGAAUCAUCGAUGCUGACGAUUUCGAUCCUUAUGGAGGUCUUCCCCAAGGACCUGACGAAUCGGAUGUGUUUGCUUUGGAAGACGAAGCGCCACUGGUUGUCGGGGUUAUCGAUGAACGACCCCCGGAAUUGAAAGCGCAGGAAGAUUUCAGCAGCAACAAGUGGCGUAAAUUGGCUGCUGACCCAGAUGGUGGUGGUUGGGGUGCGGCUGCAUCCAGUGGAAAAAGUUCACUCGUCGUUGAUAGAAAAGUUGACAAAGUUUCUGAUUCAACGAUAAGAAAAAAAGGCAACAAGAAAUCUUACGAUUCUGAUGAAAGUCCUCCAAGGAAGGGAAAUACUUCGUAUAAAUCGAAAGAUUCAGAUAGAAGUCUUUCCAAGAAACAGCGACGUCACUCCUGUUCGGAUGAAAGCCCUCCCAGGCGAAAAGAUAAACGUUUGGAUGACGCUUCCAGCAAAUCUCGACGUUAUUCGGUUUCAGAUGAAAGUCCUCCAAGGCGAAAGGACAAACGUUUAGAUGACGCUUCGAGAAAAUCUCGACGCUACUCCGAUUCAGAUGAAAGUCCUCCAAGGCGAAAGGAUAAACACUCUAACAAAUCUCGGCGUGACUUGAGUCCUUAUCAUAAGCAGUAUGAUAGUUCCAAAAACAAAAGCAAGAAUAGGCAACCGAGUCCUUAUAGAACACAGCAUAGAUCGGAUGAUUCUGAUCAAAGUCCUCCUAGGCGCGACGAUAGAAACCAGAAAAGAAGAGAUGAGUCCGUUGGAAGUCCUUCAAGAAACGAGGAUAAACAUGCACAAACAUCAAGGAGUAGCAGAAGAGAUUACGAUUCAGAUCAUAGUCCACCCAGAAGAAACGUUCAACAGAAAUCCUCCAGAAGACGAGAAAGUACGCCAAGAAUAUCUUCAAACAAAGAUAGAAGGAAAUCAGAUUCUGACGAAAGUCCACCUAGAAAAUCCCACAAGCCGAAAGAUCGUACCGAAUUUCCGAUUCGUGUCAAACAAGAACCGCCGGAUUCGGAUGAGUCAUCACCCCGAAGGCAUCCAAACCGUCGCGAUUCGGAUCAAAGUCCUCCGAGGCGGCAAAUCAAGCGAGAACCGAAAUCACCAGAACCGGGCCCUUCCCAACGAAUGACCAAAACGUUGGAUGGCAAACGGGCCGGGCUACAAAACGCCCGGGAUUUGAAAACCGAAACUGAAAAGUUUCGGCAACGAGAAGCGGAAGUCUUUGAUCGCAUGUCGGCCGAGGUUUCGGGUCGCUACGCCAAAACCGUGGUACGGGAGAAAUCUGGCAAACGGAAAGACGUGGAGGAGGAGCUGCGUCGAGAGUUUGAGAAGCGGAAAGUGGACGAAAAGAAGAAGGAAAAGUACACCCGAUGGGGAAAAGGUGUCAAGCAGGUGGAAGACUACAAAGCACAGCUGGAGGAAGCGGCACACGAAAUGAACAAGCCACUUGCUCGCUAUGCUGACGAUACCGAUUUAGAUGAUUACCUGAAGAAUCAAGAACGUAUCGGAGAUCCGAUGUUGGACUACAUACGAAGCAAGAAGAAGGAAAAAGACCGGAAACAGGGAAAACCAGAAAAACCCACCUACAAAGGCUCAUUUCCGGACAACCGUUUCGGAAUACGGCCAGGCUAUCGCUGGGACGGUGUAGACCGUUCGAACGGAUUCGAAAAGAAAUGGUUCGAAAUGAUGGGGAAAAAGAAGGCCGUCGAAGAGGAAGCUUACAAGUACAGCGUCGAGGAUAUGUAGGUGCGUAUUAAAGGUUUUUUUUUACAUUAAAAUAAUUUCAAUGUCAAUCGUA